AUGUCUGCGUACGGUGCUAUUCAGAGAGCAUACACCGGCGACGGUCUCCCUUCUACUGUUUGGUGCUCUUCUUCGAAAACCAAGUACGCAACGAUACAUCAUUUGACGCUCCAAACAGCGAAACCCCUCAAUGGCCUGAUCGAAUAUCUUCAUCAAGUUUUCGCCAAAGAAGUCGACGAUGGAAGGACCUAUCCACAGGAGAGGCCCAUCGAUCUCACAGCUUUCGAAAGCUAUUUCUUUGCCGCCGACGUAUUCAUAGCGAUUCUUGGAGCCCCAGAGCAGCCAAAGGAGUCAUCUUUAGGAGUAGCAGAGACUCAAGCCGGGAGAUCCUGGGAAGACUGCGUCACUGGAUACUAUUAUGUCAAACCCAAUUAUCCAGGACGGUCGUCCCAUAUUUGCAACGCCGGGUUUGUGGUCCCACCAUCCCAGCGGGGACAGGGGGCCGGGUCUAUCCUGGCCAAGUCCUACGUCCAUUACGCGCCGAAACUCGGGUAUCAAGCCAGUGUCUUCAACCUUGUAUAUGUCAACAACACCGCAUCCAUCAAGCUCUGGGAAAGGCUCGGAUUCACGAAAGCAGGACGGAUUCCACGUGCCGGAAGAUUGAAGCAAAAAGACGGAACUGGUGAGGAAUACGUAGAUGCAUGGGUGUUUUACAAGAGCUUCAUGGACGCCGAGGCGUAG